UUUUUUUUUUUUGGGUUUUCACAGGAGAUCUCAAUUCGAAGUUCAACUUUAGUGGGUUGAAAAGAGAGAUUUUUCAUACCUAUAGGUUGCUCAUCGUCCUCGCUAGAUAAUGGAUCUUCAUCUUCAAAUGCAGAAGAUAGUAGAUGUACUUACAAUUGACAUCAUAGAGGUGUGGGGCACUAUGUGAAAUUGGAGAGUAAACUGAUCCGCUCCGUGCCUUCAUACCUAACCUCAUGGAGUCUUCUACUGCGUUAUUAGAGCACGACUAGUUCCAUGUCCUAGUCUAUAUAAACUGAUCUGCUCCGUGCCUCCUUUAAUUUCCUAGAGGAAAGAGAUGGCAUGCCAUAUCCUCCUCUUUGCUCUCCUUGCCCUGGCUUCGUCUCAUGUGAUGGCCUCCGAUCCCAGCCAACUUCAAGACUUUUGCGUUGCUGACCUCAAGUCCCCUGUCCUUGUGAAUGGUUUUGUUUGCAAGCCACUAAUGCACGUGACAGCGGACGACUUCUUCUUCUCCGGCCUCGAUAUGCCCGGCAACACGUUGAACCAGCUUGGGUCCAAGGUGACGCAGGUGAAUGUGAACCAAAUUGCAGGGCUCAACACCCUCGGCAUCUCCUUGGCUCGAAUAGACUAUGCACCUUAUGGUCUCAACCCACCACACACCCAUCCCCGGGCCACCGAGAUCCUUACAGCGUUAGAAGGCAUGCUCUAUGUCGGCUUUGUCACAUCCAACACCAACAACGGCAACCUUCUCUUCACUAAGAUGCUCAAGAAGGGUGAUGUCUUUGUGUUUCCCAAAGGUCUAAUCCAUUUCCAAUUCAACUACGGUCCAACGCAUGCCGUGGCCGUUGCAGCCCUAAGCAGCCAGAACCCUGGAGUGAUCACUAUAGCCAAUGCAGUCUUUGGAUCAAACCCACCCAUCUCUGAUGCGGUUUUGGCCAAGGCCUUCCAAGUGGGCAAGGAUACGAUCAAGUAUCUCCCGGCUCAGUUCUGGGUGGAUAACAACUAGUGAAGAAGGCCACAAACGGCGUAGUGCAAGUGUUAGCACAUAUGGUUCAUGAUCAUCAUGUGAAUGUGGUUAAAUAAGUAUGAGUUUCCUCGAUCAUUU